AUGUCAUGGUUCAAGCUUGCUGAUGCUGAAUCAACCAAACAGAGAAUUCUCACACAGAUUGCAGCAAGAGUUUGUGCUAAGUCCCAACUGAGUCCAGUGGCAACUCCAAUGCAGCUCACCAUUUCAAGAGCCUUCAAGGGAGAUAAGCACUACUACAAUACAGAGAGGACAAGAUCCUUAGAGGACAGUCAAAUUGGACUCGGCCCAGGGAUCAGGUUUAUAAGGGUUUUCCUCAACUCUAGAAUACUAAUAUGUUCACAUGCAGUGACAAUGUCAUCUGUCAUCUGUCAACUACUGUUACCUGUGGUCAUCUAUGAAGAGUACAAAGAAGUCGAUCCUCUGGACAAUGCAGAAGAUAAUAAUGUAUCAUUCUUGAAUAACCCUCCCCUUUCAUCUGCACCACCACUCGCAUCUGUUGACCCCUCUGCAGGCCCACAUCCUGGCACAUUGAGGGAUUACCAUCCCAAUGUGCCAGUCACCCACUCUGGAGGGGAGAACCAUCUUCAGAAAAUGGAUUGUGAUAUACAGACUAAGAAUAAUCCGCCUUCUUUCAGCACAUUGAAGGAUCUGCACACUUGGAUCAAAGGACUACCUAAAGUACCUCAAUGGUACCACCAAUGGAUUCAAGUUGGUUCCUAUAAGAUGAAAGCACCCUUAAUGCUCUAUUGGAGGGAUUCUCUCGAGGUCAUAAAACAUCUAUUCACCAACCCAGUUUUUGCGCAUUAUAUGGAUUUCUGGCCAUACUGGGAAUUUGAAGGCCCAGACAAUCAAUGA